AUGUCGCGCGCCACCAAGCGGAAGCACGUGGUGCGCGAGCUGCUGGAGGAGCGCGUGCAGCCCGCGGAGGGACAGAGCGUGGUCAGGGUGUUGGGGACACCGGGGAACAACCUGCACGAGGUGGAGACGGCGGAGGGGACGCGGUUCCUGGCCAGCAUGCCACCCCGCUUCCGGCGCCACAUCUGGAUCAAGAGAGGUGACACCGCUGGCAUUGUCACCCUGUCACUGUCACCGGACGGCCCCGAGGGGCUCUUUGUGAACACCAACAGGGGGGGGACCCCUGGGGACAGCGGGGACAGCGAUGGGGACAGCGAUGGGGACAAUGAGGACAGCGAUGGGGACAAUGAGGACGGCGAUGGGGACAGCGAGGACGGCGAUGGGGACAAUGAGGAGGACACAGGGGACAGCGCUGGGGACAAUGAGGACGGCGCUGGGGACAGCGAGGAGGACACCGGGGACAUCGAGGGACACGGUGGGGACACAAAGGACACCGGGGACAGGGACAGGGGGGACAGGGGGGACCCCCCCCAAUAA